AGCAGCUGCUGCUACUCGUAGGCAAUUAUUAUUGUAAUUGGUGUCGUUCGCAACAGUGCACACAAAAAGCUUCGGGUUUCGACGAAUUGGAAAGCGAUGCAAAAAUAGGGUUCCCAAUCCACCUUCCUUAUAUUUUCUUUUUCUCUCCCACAGUACACCUGCCUGCCUCUCUUCCUCCCCGGUACCAAACCCAAACCCAAACCCAACCCCUCCCCCUCGCCCUCUCCCUCCCCCUCUGGCAUUGCUGUCCGGGAGGUCGAUUCGGGUUCCUAGGGUUCGGGGAACCUCCGCGGUGAAGUUCCUGCGGCCGGAUCUGCGGUUCUUGGAUGCCCUAGCGGGAUCUCGCUUGCCGUGGCGAUGGAAGAUUAUACAUCAAGCAAUGGCCAUCGUUUUAAAAGGAUACCACGCCCACUGUUUGCUGCUAAUCCAGAGCUGGAACCUUUGAUAAAUGAAAACAUGGACCAGUGGCCACAUUUGAAUGAGUUGGUACAGUGCUAUAAGGCUGAUUGGGUGGUGGAUGAAAACAAGUAUGGACAUUAUGAAGGCAUUGGAACACCAUCUUUUCAAAGUCAGAUCUUUGAAGGGCCUGAUACAGAUAUAGAAACUGAAAUACGUCUUGCUAGUGCAAGGCUUUCUAAGACUGAAGAUGCUACAGAUGAUGAUGUUCCCAGUACGUCAGGCAGGCAACUACCUGAAACUGGCUUAUAUAAGUCAUCCUCCAAAACCCAAGACAUGCAUUUUGGUGAGUCUCCACUGCCGGCAUAUGAGCCAGCUUUUGACUGGGAAAAUGAAAGGUCACUGAUUUUUGGUCAAAGAACUCCUGAAACUCUUCCAACACAUAGCAGUGGAUUGAAGAUAACUGUGAAGGUGUUGUCAUUGUCAUUUCAAGCUGGAUUGGUUGAGCCUUUCUAUGGAACAAUUUGCUUAUAUAACAGAGAUAGGAGAGAAAAGUUGUCGGAGGACUUCCACUUUUGUGUUUUACCUACCGAAGGGCAGGAUGUUAAUGCUUCUUUGAUACGUCGGGCUGUUUUCUCCUUGGAUGCUCCAUCAGCAUCUGUUUGCCUUCUCAUCCAACUUGAGAAACCUGCUACAGAGGAAGGGGGGGUUACAGCAUCUGUUUAUUCUCGCAAGGAACCUGUUCACAUGGCAGAAAGAGAAAAGCAGAAGCUCCAAGUUUGGUCUCGUAUCAUGCCUUACAGACAAUCGUUUGCAUGGACCAUUGUUCCACUGUUUGAAAACAACAAUGUUGCUGCUGCUGGUGGUGCUGCCUCUCCUAGUAGUCCUCUUGCUCCCAGUGUAUCUGGGUCAAGCUCUCAAGAUAGUGUUGCAGAGCAUGUUUCAAAAAUGACUUUGGAUGGCAAAUUGCCCCACUAUUCAAGUGGGAGCUCAGUUAUUGUAGAGAUAUCAAACAUAAAUAAGGUUAAAGAGAGCUAUACAGAGGAUUUAUUUCAGGACCCUAAGAGAAAGGUACAUAAGCCUGUGAAAGGUGUAUUGAGAUUGGAGGUUGAAAAGCUUCAUGCAAACUCUGUUGAUAUUGAUAAUAUCUCUGAAGGAGGAAGUAUGAUUAUUGACUCAAAUGAGGCUGAAACUUCUUUUGGAAAGCAUCACGUCAAUGGUCUGGAUGGAUCUAGGAGUAGUCAUUCGAAGUUCAUUGGCAUUGACCGGAAAGACAUUCGUGUUAAUGCUUUAACACCGGUGGGAGAAGAUCAUCCUGACUCUUCUGGUGAUGAUUUUCAAGCUUUUGAUUUUCGGAUGAUGACUAGAAAUGAACCAUUCUUGCAACUUUUCCAUUGUCUACACGUGUAUCCCUUGACUGUUAACUUGAGCCGCAAAAGAAAUUUGUUUAUAAAAGUCGAGAUGAGAAAGGAUGAUGCUGACAUACGAAAGCAGCCAUUAGAGGCUGUGUAUCCCAACGACUUAGGUCCAACUCUUCAAAAAUGUGCUCAUACACAAAUUGCAGUUGGUGCUAGGAUGGCCUGUUAUCAUGAUGAGAUAAAAAUUUGUCUCCCUGCUCUUUUGACAACCCAGCAUCAUCUUCUGUUCACUUUUUUUCAUGUUGAUCUUCAAACAAAACUUGAAGCUCCCAAGCCUGUAAUUAUUGGAUAUGCUGUACUUCCAUUGUCCACACACAUUCAGCUGUUGUCUGAUGUAUCUUUACCUAUUUUGAGAGAGCUAGUUCCUCAUUAUCUCCAAGAUAGUAGCAAGGAGAGACUGGACUUUCUAGAGGAUGGGAAAAAUGUCUUCAGAUUACGUUUAAGGCUGUGCUCCUCUUUGAUUCCCGUCAAUGAACGAAUUCGUGACUUUUUUCUCGAGUAUGAUCGGCAUAAUCUUCGGACAAGUCCACCUUGGGGAUCUGAGCUUCUUGAGGCGAUUAACAGCUUGAAGAAUGUUGAGUCUACCGCCUUACUGCAGUUUCUCCAACCAAUACUCAACUUGCUCCUUCAUCUUAUUGGUGAUGGCGGGGAAACCCUGCAGGUUGCAGCAUUUCGGGCUAUGGUCAAUAUUUUGACCAGGGUACAACAAGAGUCAUCUGAUGGGGCUGACAGAAAUCGUUUUCUAGUUAAAUAUGUUGACUAUGCUUUUGAUGACUUUGGCGGUAGGCAAGCACCUGUAUACCCUGGUUUAUCUACAGUGUGGGGCAGCUUGGCACGUAGUAAGGCCAAGGGAUAUAGAGUCGGGCCUGUUUAUGAUGAUGUCUUGGCAAUGGCAUGGUUUUUUUUGGAGUUGAUUGUAAAGUCAAUGGCAUUAGAACAAAAUCGUCUCUUUUACCACAGUCUUCCUUCAGGUGAAGACAUUCCACCAUUGCAGUUAAAGGAAGGUGUAUUCCGAUGUAUCAUGCAGCUUUAUGAUUGCCUUCUAACAGAGGUUCAUGAACGGUGCAAGAAGGGUUUAAGCUUAGCUAAACGCUUGAAUAGUAGUCUGGCUUUCUUUUGUUAUGAUCUGUUGUCGAUCAUUGAGCCACGCCAAGUUUUUGAACUGGUUUCAUUGUAUAUGGACAAGUUUGCUGGGGUUUGCCAAUCAGUUUUGCAUGAUUGCAAACUGACCUUCUUGCAAAUAAUAUGUGAUCAUGAUCUCUUUGUGGAAAUGCCUGGGAGAGAUCCUUCAGAUAGAAAUUAUCUCUCAUCCGUUUUAAUUCAGGAAAUAUUCCUCACCUUGGAUCACGAUGAUUUAUCACAACGGGCAAAGGCAGCUCGCAUCUUGGUGGUCCUAAUGUGCAAGCAUGAGUUUGAUUCUCGUUACCAAAAAAGUGAGGAUAAGUUGUAUAUAGCUCAGUUAUAUUUCCCACUAAUUGGUCAGAUACUAGAUGAGAUGCCCGUGUUCUAUAAUUUAAAUGCUGUUGAAAAACGUGAGGUCUUAAUUGUCAUUUUGCAAAUUGUAAGGAAUUUGGAUGAUCCAUCACUUGUUAAAGCAUGGCAACAGAGUAUUGCUCGAACCAGAUUAUUUUUCAAACUCCUUGAAGAAUGUCUUUUGCACUUUGAGCAUAAGAAGCCAGCAGACAGCUUGCUUUUGGGAUGUAGUUCACGCAGCCCUGACAACGAAGGACAUGCUUCUCCAAAGUACUCUGAUCGUCUUUCCCCUGCAAUUAAUACGUAUCUUUCUGAGGCUUCCCGUCAAGAAGUUAGAGGGACACCUGAAAAUGGAUAUUUGUGGAACAGAGUCAGUCCUCAGCUAAGCUCACCUAACCAACCAUAUUCUUUAAGGGAAGCUCUUGCACAAGCACAAUCUUCUAGAGUUGGAGCUACAACCAGAGCUUUAAGAGAGUCUCUCCAUCCUAUACUGAGGCAAAAAUUGGAAGUUUGGGAAGAAAAUUUGAGCACUGCAAUCAGCCUUCAGGUUCUGAAGAUUAUUGACAAGUUCUCAGUUGCUGCAGCAUCUCAAAGCAUUGCCACUGACUAUGGAAAGCUAGAUUGUAUCACAUCUAUUUUGAUGGGCCUCUUUUCUCGGUAUCAACCAUUGUCAUUUUGGAAAGCUUUCUUUCCUGUGUUCAGCCAUAUAUUCAGUGUUCAUGGUGCAACACUGAUGGCAAGAGACAAUGAUCGCUUCUUGAAGCAAGUUGCAUUUCACCUCCUACGGCUUGCAGUUUUUCGCAAUGACUCCAUCAGGAGAAGGGCUGUCCUUGGUCUGCAGAUACUUGUUAGGAACUCAUUUUACUAUUUCACGAACACAACACGGCUGAGGGUCAUGCUGACAAUCACCUUGUCAGAGUUGAUGUCUGAUGUACAAGUAAGUCAGAUGAGGCCUAAUGGUUCUCUUGAAGAGAGUGGCGAAGCUCGACGACUCAGAAAAUCACUGGAGGAAAUGGCAGAUCAAAGUACGACCAUAAAACUAAUAAAUGAUUGUGGACUUCCUGGCAAUGCACUUGAGGCAAUUCCAGAAUGUUCAACAGAUAAUAUUUGGUCUUGGUCAGAGGUCAAAUAUCUAUCGGACAGUCUUCUUCAGGCACUUGAUGCAGGCCUUGAACAUGCACUUCUGGCUUCUAUUAUGACUGUAGAUAGAUAUGCAGCUGCCGAGAGCUAUUAUAAGCUUGCAAUGGCUUAUGCAUCUGUUCCUGAUCUUCACAUUAUGUGGUUACUGCAUCUGUGUGAUGCUCAUCAGGAGAUGCAAUCAUGGGCAGAAGCAGCUCAAUGUGCAGUAGCUGUUGCUGGUGUCAUUAUGCAGGCCCUUGUUGGAAGGAAUGAUGCAGUUUGGAACAGAGAACAUGUGGCUUCAUUGCGUAAGAUCUGCCCAAUGGUCAGCAGUGCAGUUACUGCUGAGGCAUCUGCUGCUGAGGUGGAAGGAUAUGGUGCAUCAAAGCUCACUGUUGAUUCUGCAGUUAAAUACCUUCAGCUAGCAAAUAAGCUUUUCUCGCAAGCUGAGCUUUAUCAUUUUUGUGCCAAUAUUUUGGAACUUAUAAUUCCAGUCCAUAAAAGCAGAAGGGCAUAUGGCCAACUCGCAAAAUGCCACACAUCCCUUGCAAGCAUCUAUGACUCGAUUCUUGAGCAAGAGUCGAGUCCGAUACCCUUUAUAGAUGCUACCUAUUACCGAGUUGGAUUUUAUGGAAAUCGAUUUGGAAAGCUAGAUAGAAAGGAGUAUGUAUACCGGGAGCCACGAGAUGUUCGUCUAGGUGACAUAAUGGAAAAACUAAGCCACAUAUACGAGUCCAGGAUGGAUGGCAGUCAUACCUUGCAUAUCAUACCAGAUUCUCGACAAGUCAAUGCCGAAGAGUUACAGCCUGAUGUCUGUUAUCUACAAAUUACAGCUGUGGAUCCUGUUAUGGAGGAUGAAGACCUUGGCAGUAGAAGGGAGAGAAUUUUCUCUCUGUCUACCGGUAGCGUACGUGCCCGAGUUUUUGACAGAUUCUUGUUUGAUACUCCAUUUACAAAAAAUGGAAAGACACAAGGAGGCCUAGAGGACCAGUGGAAGAGACGAACAGUGCUCCAAACAGAGGGCUCAUUUCCUGCUUUGGUGAAUAGGCUUUUGGUUGUCAAGUCUGAAUCCUUGGAGUUCUCUCCUGUAGAAAAUGCAAUUGGAAUGAUAGAAACCAGGACAGCGGCAUUAAGAAACGAGCUAGAAGAGCCUCGUAGCUCGGAAGGUGACCAUCUCCCGAGGCUUCAAAGUCUACAGAGGAUACUCCAAGGCAGUGUCGCUGUGCAGGUGAACAGCGGUGUUUUAAGUGUUUGCAAAGCUUUUCUAUCUGGUGAACCUGCUACAAGGCUUCGGUCGCAAGAACUGCAGCAACUCAUUGCCGCAUUGCUUGAAUUUAUGGCUGUUUGCAAACGUGCAAUCCGGGUACACUUUAGACUGAUAGGUGAAGAAGAUCAGGACUUCCAUACGCAGCUUGUAAAUGGGUUCCAGUCCCUUACAGCUGAGCUUUCUCACUACAUUCCUGCCAUCCUUUCAGAGCUUUGACUACCUUUUCUUUUUCCCUUGUAACCUGCUUAUAUGCUGCUUGUUUUCCAUUGGUGCCGAUGUUCAUAUUUUUGUAAAAUUAUUUUUUGUUGUAUAUGGCCUCGUCUUGACAACAUGGUCUAGAAUUAUCUACUGGUUCCAUUUUGUUUUGUCUUUUUUAAGAUUAAGAUCCAUCUACUUCUCGACAAGGAGAUGGCAUUAAUGUACUAUGGAAAUUGUUACGGAUUGACAGUCAACAUGGUGGCCUGCUUUAUUGAGGCUUCUUUUAUCA